AUGGCAUUUAAUACUACCAAAUGCAAUGUUCUUCGAAUUACGAGACGACAAACACCUAUUAUUUUCGACUACAAACUUCACGAUCGCGCUCUUGAAGCUGUAAGCAUCACCAAGUAUCUCGGAAUACAUCUUUCUGAAGAUGUCAGAUGGAAUGAGCAUGUGAGAAACAUCUCAAAUAAAGCCAAUAAGACACUGGGCUUUUUAAAGCGGAAUCUACGACACUGUUCCGCAUCUAUGAAGGAGAGGGCAUAUAAAGUCCUGGUACAACCAACAGUUGAAUACUGCUCUUCUGUAUGUGACCUAUACACAGCCAUGAACAUCAGACAGGUGGAGAUAUAUUGGGAGGGUUAA